AUGCAUUUUUCCUCCCUCUUCUCUGUUUUCAGAGAACCUUCUCUCAUUAAGGCCAGUGCAACUCCUGGUGUUACUCUUCCUUCGAGGGAUAAAUUCAAAAAAGUGCACAGAAUCAAACGUGCUCUCCGUCGUAUUGAAUACUGGUUGGAUAAGGCCAACGGUGUUCACUACACCAAGAAAGACUUAUAUUAUUUGUCCGACCCUCCCCCUCUCGAAUUCUCUCAAUUUAGCGCUUUGGACUCUCGUCAAGGAUCUUUGAUUUCAAAUGCUCACGAGGAAAAGUCCUACAAUGCUGAUAUUUCUCCCGUAAGUCUGGAUGUCAAAGACAUAUUAACAAUGCAUGCUUCCAAAAUCUCUUUGGCUCUGCCGACUCCUGAUUUAAGACAUCCUAACGGUAAAGAACGAACCAAACCUUCAAAAAUCUUCAGACAAAGCUCUUGGAGUACUCAAAGUGAUGACGAUUGGGAGACUCCUGCUUCUGUUCCUGAUGCUCAGCCAUUACCCUCAUCGCCUAAAGAGUCCAGCGAACUUAUAACUAGAGCUCUUGCCCAUGCCGUUUCUGAUGUUGUGCACGGUAGCUGUGAGGUUGAAACGGCAGCUCCUGCAAAUUCUCUUACUGCUCCUAGUCAUGUCCCAAAAGCUGCCACAAAAGCUGAGGCCAUAGAUCCUGUCAGGCCGAGUAGCAAGGCUUCAACAGAAACAAGUUCAAUCGCCACCAGUACUGCAUCCAGGGAGUUCCCUGGUACCCCUGGUACCCCUGAUGGUUCUUUUAGCUCUUCCAGCCAGGCACGUUCUACCCAGGUUUCUGCAAACACGCACAGUCGUAUUAUCUUUCCUCUCACAGAGGUGCUAAUUAAAAAGAUUCAAAAAGGAAUCAAAGAAUAUGAAGAAAAGAUUAGGCAAUCAGAAGCUUCGUCUGAUAAGGAAAACGUUAAUCAUACUGAAGUCAAGUCAGCUGAUACUAAUAUUAACAAACUCAAAGCUCUGAGAAUUCAUGGAGAUAACACAAGCUCUAAGUCAAAGCUAACGAAUAAGCCAUCGGUGUUUAAACACGCUGUUCUUUCCAAAGAGGAUGUGCAGGUUUUCUCUCCGGAUGUCAAGCAGAUCACUGCUGCUCCUACUUCCUCCCCUAUACUUCCUAUAUUCAGAGGUCUCCCUUCAAAUCACUUCAAGCUACCCACUACGGAAUUCCCUAGUUUUAGUCCCUUUUUUGAACCAGAACAUCAUCUCAGAAUUGAAAGCUUUUCAGAAUCACAAGACAACGAAUACAGUUACAAAUCUAAUUUUCAACAUGUUGACGAAGGAAAGUCAGAGAGGAUCUUUGCUGAAGAGUGUGGUGACUCAACAGUUAAGAAAAUCUAUGAUAGCCCUGAAUCUGCAUAUGCAAAUUGGAUCAACAAAGCUUUCGAAUCAGGCGAAUUGUUUGACAUGCCAAUGGGCGAGUUUGGUGACUCGACCACUAGUACAGAAGACGAAGAGCCAGACGCUAAUAGAUACGGUGUUACGUUUAAAAAUACAAUCACCGUUAAUCACAUUGACCAAGACGGUCCAUUGGAAGUGAUACAAAAAAAGGAGACAUUGUACGAGAGGAAACGGAGAACAGUUAAGGAAACAUAUGAUGGAAUGAAGUCAGCUCUGAAAGUGAAAAUCAAUCCACAUUGGAAAACAGACAAAGAAUUUCUGAGAUACAAUCCAUUGACUGUUAAGCAAUUUGAGAGAGCGGUUAAAUGGAGAGUCGGGCAUACUAAGAAAGGUUAUUGGAGAGAUGAGCGAGCGGCCCAGCUUCGGAGUUACGAGCGUCAACAAAAAUUUAUAUUAGGUAGCAAACAAUAG